GCGACACCUGAGCGGCUGCGCUGCCUCCUCCUCUCCACGUAGGUUUCGACUGUUCUUCCCCGCCCGGAAACUUUGGUGAAGGAGCCGCGUUCUUGCCGCAGCCGCAGGCCGAGUUCGUGCUGCGCUUCUCCCGCUUUCUCCCUCCCCUGUCCCGGGGACGAGCGGCCCCGUUUCCCGCCUCUGGCGCCUACAGGGGUCCUCUCUCAGACUGCUGCCUGCCACGUCUCCUUGCUGUGGGGCUGAGGGUGCCUGAUGCUGGCUGUCAUGGCUGAUCCCCUGGCAGAGGAACCCACGUCCCCAGCUAAUGAACUCUGCUGCGAGUGUGGUCAGUUCCACCUCUUGCUGGACAAUCAUCUCUACAACUUCCAGGAUGAAGUAGAUGAUGAACUCAUCUGCCAUAUCUGCCUUCAGCCCCUGCUCCAGCCCAUGGACACCCCCUGUGGACAUACGUACUGUUUCAAGUGCCUGGAAAACUUCAUGCAGGAGUACAGCUUUUGUCCUAUGGAUCGGAAGAAGCUCUCUUUCCAGCAGUGCCACAAGUCCAGCCUUCUAGUACGAAACCUGCUGGAUAAGCUGAUUGUCUUCUGCCCUUUCAAGGCAGAGUGUCAGCAGACAAUGCAGAGGUGUGAACUAGAAGCUCAUCUGCAGAACAGGUGUCCUGGUUUCAAGAAAUACAAAUCUGAACUACUACAGAGGAAAAAGAAUCCCAUUUCCAAAGGGAAAGAAGAUCCUCCUACCAAGGUGGAGACAGGUACACCCAAAGAUCCAGAGCUACCAAGUGGAGGAUCAUCACUUGUGGCAGAAAGCUCUGCAGCUGCUGUGGUGUCACUAGGGACUGCAGAGCCUGGACUGGUUAAUCCAGCUUUUGAGGAGACUGAGGAAGACCUUCCACAGAGAACUAGUCUUGUGGCUGAAACCACCACAAUUGAAAUUCACCGAGAAGACCCGGAGGAAGAGCUGGGGAUGAGGAUAGUUGGGGGUAAAGACACCCCACUAGGAAACAUUGUUGUUCAGGAAGUCUUGCGGGAUUCUGUCAUUGCUGCAGAUGGGAGAAUAGCCCCUGGGGACCAUAUUCUUGAGGUGAAUGGAGUCAACAUCAGCAGUGUGACUCACUGCCAAGCUGUCUCCUUCCUGCGCCACCCAGGUCCUGUUCUCCAGCUCAUGGUCCUGCAGGAGAAGGGGUUUUCCAAUAAGACUGCACAGCAGGAUUCCACCUCCAUGAAUCGGGAAGUGAUCCACGUUACCUUGAUAAAGAGAGACCGAUCCGAGCCCUUGGGAAUCAAACUGAUCAGGAAGACAGAUGAGGCAGGGAUUUUUAUUCUAGAUCUGUUAGAGGGAGGUUUGGCAGCCAAAAAUGGGAAGCUGAGUCGGAAUGACAGAGUCCUGUCAAUAAAUGGCCAGGAUUUGAGGCAAGGAACACCUGAGGCUGCUGCACAGAUAAUCCAGACCAGUGACUCAAGAGUGAACUUUGUUGUCUUGAGGCAGCCAGGGGUGCAGCUCUCAGAGCCAGUAGAAGAUGGCAGCACCUCAAACAGCAGCAGCAGCAGCAGCACUGGAGGGAGCCCCGUGCACCAUCGGAGACGACUAGACCAGACUCACUACAGGCGAAAAUCUAACUAUCAGAAGGAUUUACCUCAGGGAUAUGCAAGUCAUGAAAAGACAGUUGCAAUAAAAAAGGAACCAAAGGAAUCUUUGGGAAUAACAAUUGGAGGUGGAAGGGAUAACAAAAACAAGCUCCCUAUAUAUGUAACCAGCGUGCAGCCCAUCGGGUGCCUCUUCAGGGAUGGCAGGAUCAAGCGAGGAGAUGUACUUUUGAGCAUAAAUAGUAUUGAUUUGACUCAGCUGAACUACUAUGAAGCUGUCUCAGCACUGAAGUCUAAUGCAGCUUCCCACUCAGUCAUACUGAAAGCCUUGGAAAUCAUUCCACUGAACUCCACAGAGCCUUCCCUGGACAUCAAGGAGCAGGGAUUCAGCUGGUCUCCCCUCUGGAUCUCGUGGCUUGGCUUGCCUAGCUACCUCCACUGCUGCCAAGAUAUUGUCCUCAGUAAAGGCAACCUGGAAAGCUGGGGCUUCAGCAUUGUUGGAGGCUUUGAGGAAAGCAAAGGAAACCAGCCUUUCUUCAUCAAAACCAUCGUGCCUGGGACUCCUGCCUUCAGAGACAGGAAACUCAAGUGUGGAGAUGAAAUAGUGGCAGUAAAUGGAGUGCCAGCAGUAGGAAUGAGCAAUUCGGAACUGAUCCCAAUGCUGAAGGAGCAAAGGAACAAGGUCACACUUACUGUGGUGUCUUGGCCAGGCAGCCUGGUGUGACAGCUCAAACCAAACACCAGCCCUGUCAGGAAGCACUUGGCCAUCACACAAAGCAAAACGUGGGACACACAAACCAAGGGAAUGCUGAACUCUGGCUACACAGCAUAUUGCCAUGGAAGACUUCAAGCUUCCUCGUUGGAGAAAAAGUUUCUUCACUGUGCUGAGGUUAUCAUCAAAUCUGGCUGUCAAAGUCACAGUUAAUUGGGACAGUUUUAGCUUCUGGGCUCAUUAAAGCUCUGUAGAAGGGGUGUUGCAGAGAGAGCUUUUUCCAGUGUUCCUCUACAACUCACCUCACUUGUAGAGCUCUGCUUUCCCCUUCACAUUUUGAAGAGGUCAAAAGUGGCACAACUGCCCCAUUUCCCCUGCUAGAUGAAUGCAGUUCUGCUCCUGCUCUCUGUCCUGCUUGGACACAGAGUCAUUUUAUACAUGCUUUUAAAAGCCACUAAUAAAACAGUAAGGAUGUGGAUCCAAUUAAGCAAUUCCUAUCCAGUCUUGAUAUUUAUAGGUUACUGAAACCUAAUGAAUGUGUUUAUCCAUUAAAACCCCCCCUGUGACUCUCAGCUGAGAGCUGAAGAGCUGCUAGGUUAGUGUGGCUGAGCUGUGUUGACUUGGAUGAAGGUCCUGUCAACCCCUAGCUGUCACAGACCCUGAUGUCAGUUGCUUACCAAAGACCUGCAAUUGGUGAGAGGCCUCUCAGCCUUGAGGAGCACCCUUGAGGUGUCCCAGCUCCUGGAGAGGUCACCACCACACAGCCAGCUGCUUUAGCAGGGAGAGCUCCAAGAAGGAAUAAAGAGGUUGGUUUACAUGUGACAGCAAAGGUAUGUGUGAGACUCCUUGUACCCCCAAAUUUCUUUGUUCCUUGAUAAAGGAGCAAUGGAAAAGCCACCUGCUAUGAUGUUAACCAUGUGAUCAGUGUUGCAAGCUCAUUCCUCUCCUGGCUGUGUCUCUGCCCCUUUGGGGGUUUUCACAGAACAGGUUGGAACUAGAGCAGUUCUCUGCCUGCUUAUGGCUCAGGCCUUUACCUCCUUUGGAGCCUGUACCAAUCUAGCCCUGGUUUGGUUAAGGAAUCGAGUGCAUCUGUCACAGUAGCCAGAGAGAAGGAAUUUGUUUCAUUUUCAUCCCUCUCUUCAGGAAAGCUUCCCUGGUUUUAUGACUUGAUAAAAUGAGCAGCUUUUCCCACAGAAGGCAGAUGAUAAAGCAAACUUGUUACAAGAACCUGUUUGAAGGAGGCUGUACCUAGCACAGCACCUGUAGGGUCAGACACAGCUCCUGCAGCUCUGGUCACACAUCAGCAAAUUGUGAACCCACUAGAUCAGGGGAAGCUCAGGGUCAUCAGCUGCCUCAGUCACAUUGUACUGACUGGAUGACGUCCUCACCUCCAGGAGGACAAUGUGCUCAGCAUGGCCUCAGUUCAAACCCACUGCAGAGUUAAUAUUUACAAUAAAUGAGCAGAAGCCAAGCCAGGCUGGUAAGUUCCUACCUGGAAACUCCACAUGAAGCAAUCUCCUCCCUUUUUAGGUUGUUAGUCAGCAGUAGAAGUGACAGAUCUUUCUCAAACCAGGUUGCCUUGAGUGAUCUUUCCUCUUAUGCUGUUUCAGCUGCACCUUUCAUGGGGCCAGCACAGAUUGUAAGAAUCAAGUUUACCUGUAAAAAUGCUACACAGAAUGAAUGUUUAAUCCCUCCUUGCAGCAAACUGCCUGCAGGCCAGUGCCCAUCACUGGCUCCAGCACUGCUGUGCUCAGGGCUGGCUGCUCCCUAAUUAGCUCUUGCUGCAGAGUGGAACUGCUCCUCACCAGCUGCCUGGCUGAGGUGUUUACAGCCUCACUUCCUUUGGCUCUUGGCUUCAGGCAGGCUAGAGCAGAGCCUGUUAUCAGAGCCCAGAAAUAGCUUAGGCUCCAACCCUCCAGAAGUGUCCCUGGCACAGGGGGUGGCCUCUUUGAGUGAUAAAUACCACUGGGGUAAACAGCAAACGGCAAAACCAGUGUGUGACCAGCUGGGCUCUGGGGCCUUUUUAUCCUGUUGUUCCUACUGAACACUGAGAGCAAAAUAAUUCAGAAGUCAGCAAGGUGCCUGGGGAAAAGGAACAGAAAAACCUGGAGCAGUUUUGUCUCUUCCAAUCCAUGUGCAGAAUCUGUGCCUGCACAUAUUGACGUAGAUCAAUUCCUACUGAGCAGUACCAAGUGUCACUUUUAUUAAGUGCAGCAGGACAAGGCUGUGGAGCUGGUGCUCAGUUUGAGGAAAGGAUGCUGCAGCAGGCAGCACGAUUUUUAUUGUUACUCCAUCUUGUUUCAAGGUGCCUUCAACUUCACCAAAAUGUCCUAGUAAUUUAAAUAUUGUUUCCAAGAUCAGCCUGUUAAUAGAUGUUGAAUUUGUUUUGAUGCCUUCAUAAAUUAUUCUAAUAUUCCUGAAAAAAAACAAUGUCUUGUGGGUGGUUUUUUGACCUUUUCCUAUCAGCUAACACCCCCUGGGAAUAUGUCCACCUCAACAAUAGACAUUGCUCCAAGAAACUGGCAUUGGGAGGCAGGAAACAGGGUAAUUGUCCUCUGCUCCUCCCUAGACAGCAACUGGACUAUCCUGAAAUGGUUGCAGGAGGAAAAAACCUGACAAAAGUAAAUCUCACCUACCCUUCCCUUCAGCCCCUGCUCCUACUGCUUGUGGGGCUCAGAACUGACUGAAAAGCUCACCCAGGGAAUAAAUAAAACUUCCUUUUGUGAGGCUUAACUCCCUGGCUGGGUGUGCUGCACAGCUCAGCAAUGACUGCAACACCAGUGCUGCUGUUCCCAGAGGAACUGCAUGGCCAGGCUGGGGCUGGAUUAGGUUGUGUUUCUACUCCUACAGUGCAGGAGCAUUUCCAAAACCUCACCUUUAGCCUUCUCUUAACACAUUUAAGACAAAUAUUUCACCUCUAUCUCAUUAAAAUAAAACAAUUUAAAAUUAUUUCCCUUAAAUGCACAGCUGCUCCUGGCAGUAUAAACCUCCUACCAACAAAAAGGAGUUGGGUCCAUCUGUAAAAACAUUCUGAAAACACCAGAGGAAGCAGCACUGCCUCAAUACAAGCUGCUUCUGUGUCCCCUCUCCCACAGCACCACCAGUGAGCCCAGAGGGAUGCAGGCAGGAUGUGCUCAGCAUUAAUUAAGCCUAUUUACAGGUUAAGUAGCUUCUGUCACCUCCACAGAGCCAGAGACCAGGGGAGUGGAUGCAGAAGAGCUCCAUCAACCCAUGGAGAGGCACAGCAGCCUUAGAGGACAAAAAUGAAGCAGCAGUGCUGCUG